CAGCGCUGUGCACGUCGCUGCGCUGGAGUCUAGGGGAGAGACGAGACGGUCACAGGCAAGAGGCUCCGAUCAAAAGAGGGCUUGAUAAAGUUUGGGACUGAAUGACGACUGUGACAGAGGUGGGAGGAUUUAAAGCGUGUUACACCAGCAAGUGACGAUCUUCCUCUCUCCCCUAGUUCUCUCAUGCACGCAGACACCGUCACUUCAUUACAAAUGUGCCUCUUUUAGAUGUCCCAUCAGCAAAACCAAGUUCUCUUUACCAAAGAGUGUUAAAUACAUGCAUAAUAAACAAAAGAUUCUAGGAGAGAGACACAAAUAGCUAGUAGGCAAAUAACACGCCUCCCGAUUUGACACCAGCAUUUUUACAUUGCAAACCGUUGGUUAUUUUGCACCCGCCAUGGCCUCGGUCACCAAAUCCUCUAACCCUGAGAUCCCAGAUAACCAUAAGGAGAGUUGGCUGGCACUGCUUGCUGCAGCUGAGGUCUAUAGUCAAAAGUCUGGGUGUGAUUUGGCUAUUCUGACUGCGUACAAGAAGUUCAGAUACACUGGGCCUGAAGGUGAAGGAGUAAGGAAUCACGAAGGUGGCGGAAUCGUGUCAUCCGCAAGCAGGAAGUGCGAUUAUGCAUAUCACGUUUGGGGUCAAGGGGCACUGGCUGAGUCUUCACGGAGGUACAUGGAUGACAUCGCAGUGCUGCACUCCACCACUUUACUGACGGCACAGAGACAUGCACGUUUGAAUACAGAAGAGGGAGGAGCCAAACUGGGUGUGGACGUGCCCUCCGGAAGGCUGAGCCUGAUUGGGGAUGGAGUCGGCAGUGUUAGUCCCAAUACAAGAAUUUAUUCCCAGAGCUACCCGUCAAUCUACAGCUCACCUGCUGCCAUUGGUCAGCCUGUAGGGCUUCUUGGGAAUGGAGAACAUGAAAGAGCGAUGGAGGAAUGUGAGAAGGCAAGAGAAAGAACUGACAUUGUGGACUUGGAGGAAGAGGAUGAGGAAGAAGAGGAUGAAAGGAGGCAUAACUUAAAUGAAUCGGCUGGGGUAUUCUCCAUGGACGAGGAUUCUCUGUCCCGUGACUGUGAGCCCUUCUUUGAAUCUGAUGGGGAGGAGGAGAGCACUGAUGGGUCACUGAGUGAAGAAGCCCCUCCCCCUCCACGUGGCAUGGCAAUGGGUCACUUGACUCGUUCUUCAAACCCCAUGGCAUUGGCACGUUCCCUGCCUGUGUCUGUACCAGUGUGGGGCUUCCGGAACAACCGUGCCCAGCAGGGUGACUCCCACAGUGGUGAACGGGUGGGCUGUGCAGAUUUAGACCACAUAGCUGCCAGUAUGAAAGCUCUGCUGGUCCCGGGGGCCACCGAUGGAACCGAGAUGUUUGGAGCACUGCCGCGACCUCGUCUUAAUACGGGAGACUUUUCUCUCAAGCACUGAGAGAAGACAAUUGUGUGGAUGUAGGAUUGAGUGUGUGUCUGCAUGAGAAUGGGUGGGUGGGUAGUCCAGCCGUUAACUUGUUUGUGCGUGAAAGCGAAUUGAGUGGAAGUCUAUAAGUUUAUAAGACACAGUGAAACAUGGUUUGAUGGAUAUUUUUAGCGAACGACAUUGCCAAAACCUAAAACUUCUCUUGAAUAUCAUAAGUAUUUAAAUCACACAGAAAAUGACAAAACCUUUUAAUAGAAAACGUUUAUUUUUGCAGAAGGACGAGUGGGCGAAAUUGAAAGAAGUUAAGAAUUAACUUAUGGGUUUAGACUAAACGGUUAGGGCAGAUUUUAGUUGUGUAGUGCGUUUUAUUUUGAGAAACACUAACUGACCAAAUGAACAUCACUGCAUGACUAAUCACUCCCAGUAUUGUCCUCUGCAGAAGUGUUUUCAGUGUGUAAAUAAGCUCACAUACGAUCAGUAAAAAGAAACAAUUCUAUCAACAGGGGUGCAUUGUACAUUGGCUCACUACAUGUACAUAAGAAAUAUAGACUACUAAAUUCAGGUGAGUUCAGUAGUCCAUAUUCCCUGGCAAGAUUGCCAAUGCUGAGUAGAUGUAAAGGCAUACAAUGAUGUCACUCUUUACCUGUUUGCACUUGCCUUUAUUUCAAAUACUGUCCAGAAGAUUUUCAUUUCUUUUUUUUCAGGUUUAGUUUAGAUUUGAAGGUUCUGACAACUUUAAGUUUUGAGAUCACAAAUGUUCUGAAUUUUCGACUGUAAAACAAAGGGAUAGUUCUCACAAUAAAAUACAUCUCUGUCACUUUCAUGUUGUUUCAAACCUGUAUGACUUUACUUUGAGGAACCCAAAAAACGCUUUUAAAAACUUUGACCCAGUUUUUCCGUUUAAUGAACUUAAAGAAAGACUCUCAAUUUGUAUUCGAAAGAAGAAUAAGUUGUAUGGAUUUGAAACGGCAUGAUAGAUAUUGUAAUUUUAGGUGAACUGUCUCUGUAGGUGCAUCUUUGCAUUUUAAUGUGCUUGACGUGCAAGGACGCACAAUGUUGUGCUGUUGAUCAGUGUCAUAAUUUCUCUGAACCAGACAGAUGUCUAAAUGGGAAGGUUUACAACACUACAAAAUUGAACUAUAUGUCCAUCUCAAACAUUUCACAGCUGUUUGAUGUUUAAGUAAAUGCGUUUUGAAUAAAACAGUUGUUGUUGAAUUGUCUUA